CUCACACGCACGCCGCCUCUGUUUGUACACAGUGCGCUCCGGCUCACGCUUCAUUGUUCUCCAAGUCGGGAGCUCGGCCGCCGGGGCCAGCGCGCCGUCCGAGGGGCCGCCGCCGCCCGCGCCCCGCCCCGCCGAGACCCCCCCCCCCGGGAGCGCGCCCACCCCCGGGGAAGCGGCGUCGCUCGCGCCCGGCUCCACUUUCUCGCCCUCUCCAGGAAUUUGUUUCGGGAAGCGCUGCGGGAAGAAGACAUCUUCCCCCAGCCAGCGCGGGGCGGGGUCUGUGGCUCCCCUGCGGCGCCUCCGCGGCGACACUGCCCUCCGCGGCGACCCCGGGCCAGCUGGGGCCACGUCCCGGAGCCGGGACCAUGACGCGCUGCUCGGCCGCCGCUGCUUGGCUUUUGCUCUGGCUCAGCCUCGGGAUCCCCCAGUUCUGCAAAGGUGAUAUUUGUGAUCCCAAUCCAUGUGAAAAUGGAGGUUUGUGUUUGUCUGAAUUGGCCGGUGAUGCUUACACCUGUGAGUGCCCAGAUGGCUUCACAGAUCCAAACUGCUCUAGCAUUGUGGAGGUUGCAUCUGAUGAAGAAGAGCCAACUUCUGCAGGUCCCUGUAUUCCUAAUCCAUGCCAUCACGGAGGAACCUGUGAAAUAAGUGAAGCCUACCGAGGGGACACAUUCAUCGACUAUGUUUGUAAAUGCCCUCGAGGAUUUAAUGGAAUUCACUGUCAACACAACAUAAAUGAAUGUGAAACUGAGCCUUGCAAAAAUGGUGGAAUAUGUACAGACCUCGUUGCUAACUAUUCCUGUGAGUGCCCAGGUGAAUUCAUGGGCAGAAAUUGUCAAUACAAAUGUUCAGGCCCACUGGGGAUUGAAGGUGGAAUCAUAUCAAAUCAGCAAAUCACAGCUUCAUCUACCCACCGAGCUCUUUUUGGACUUCAGAAAUGGUAUCCCUACUAUGCGCGACUGAAUAAGAAGGGGCUUAUCAAUGCCUGGACAGCUGCAGAGAAUGAUAGAUGGCCAUGGAUUCAGAUAAAUUUACAGAGAAAAAUGAGAGUCACUGGUGUGAUAACUCAAGGAGCUAAAAGGAUCGGAAGCCCUGAGUAUAUAAAAUCCUACAAAAUUGCCUACAGCAAUGAUGGAAAGUCUUGGACAAUGUACAAAGUGAAAGGUACCAGUGAAGAUAUGGUGUUCCGAGGAAAUGUCGAUAAUAAUACACCUUAUGCUAACUCUUUCACACCCCCCAUAAAAGCUCAGUAUGUAAGACUCUAUCCUCAAGUUUGUCGAAGACACUGCACUUUGAGAAUGGAACUUCUUGGUUGUGAACUGUCAGGCUGUUCUGAGCCUCUGGGGAUGAAGUCAGGCCACAUCCAAGACUACCAAAUCACUGCCUCCAGUGUCUUUAGAACUCUCAACAUGGACAUGUUCACUUGGGAACCAAGGAAGGCUCGGCUAGACAAGCAAGGCAAAGUGAACGCCUGGACUUCCGGCCAUAAUGACCAGUCACAAUGGUUACAGGUGGAUCUCCUGGUUCCUACCAAAGUGACUGGCAUUAUUACACAAGGAGCUAAAGAUUUUGGUCAUGUACAGUUUGUAGGCUCCUACAAACUAGCUUAUAGCAACGAUGGAGAACACUGGACUGUAUACCAGGAUGAAAAACAAAGAAAAGAUAAGGUUUUCCAGGGCAAUUUUGACAAUGAUACCCACAGGAAAAAUGUCAUAGACCCUCCUAUCUAUGCACGGCACAUUAGAAUCCUCCCUUGGUCCUGGUAUGGGAGGAUCACCCUGAGGUCGGAGCUGCUGGGCUGCACGGAGGAAGAAUGAGGAGACCGAGACACACAACCUCCUUCUCUUUUUCCCUAAAAUGUAUGUCCAUGGAAUGAACUGAGAAAAAUAUGUAGGAAACUGAAUGGGGUGUUUUAUGACAAAUGUGCUGAAAUUAUGGUAGGCCACUGUCUUUCUAAGGAGGUCUAAGCCUGCCUUUUCAAUUUAAUUGUUUAAUUUGAUUGCUCUAGUAUAAAUGUCCUAAGCAACAUCGCAUUAACUGUGGGUUCCGUUUUUCCUUGUUUCCUGAAUUAAUCACAGUGAUUGAGAUGCAUUAAGUACAAAAAGUAAACUCUCUUUACAGCAAGAGUAAGAAAAAUAACAUAGUUAUCAAGAAAAAGAAUUGAUAUAGCAUUGCUAAUCAACUAAUAAUUAAAAGAAUUCUGAAAUGCUAGCAAUAAGAUUUUUUUCCUCUCUAGUGACAUUACAUUAUCCUCAAUGUUUCCCUGUGCCUACCAAACACUCCCAGUGUUUAUAACAGAAUUAUAAAGUAUCUGUAACAUGGAGUAAUGACAUAAUUUUCUUUCACUGUCAUGAUUUCUAAAUAGACAUUAUAGGAUUCUUUUCUCAUCUUGAUGUAAUUCUUUAUUAUUUAUAUUGUAUACUACCUGAAUAAGUCCUUACUUUUCCAACUGAGUUUUAUCUUGUAAUUUCCUAAAUGAAGUAUCAUGUUAGUAUACAUAUGGCACAUAGAUAUCAGUUGGUUAUUCAUAUUUAAUGUUGGUAUGCUGAAUCUGCAAUUCAAGUUCUGAAGGAAGUACAGAUAUGCAAUUUUCAAAUGUUUCCUUCCUAAAGGACUCAAUACUAACAUUUUGCGAAACAAAUAGUAAAAUUAUCAUGAGUUCUUCUUAACUAAAAAUAUAAACCUUUGUUUGAGAGAUAUUUACAUAUCCUUAUCUUUACUUAAAUAUUAUGGUUAUUUUUAUCUAGGUUAUGAAAUCAGCAUAUGUUAACAGUGUGUAACAUUGAUUGGCCAAGCAUACUCAUUAUUUCUUUGUUCUCUACAUUUCUUGUUAAACUGGAAAAUCAUUGAGAUUUCAAACUGGUAGUAGUUUCUUAGGAGAGCACAUUGGAUAAUUAUUUGUAGAAAGAAAGUAUUUACUAGUGACAAAGUAGUAAACCAUUUUGAAGAUGCGAAUUGAUUUCAAUUUAUUUUGCUUCAAAGGUCCUGAAAAAAUAAGCAAUUAUCAUAAAACUUGUUGAUAGUGGAGGUUUCAUUGACAUAUCUCUCAAAUUAAAGCUCACACUGCCUCCAUAAAAGUCUUCAACAUCUGAUUUAUAAGCUUUACACGAAUUAUUUUAUAAGGCUUAGACACAGAAUUUGGGAGUUUUUAAUUAAAGGUCCUGAAAAGAAAAUGUGGUAUGUGUAUGAAAUGUUGAAGUUCUGUGCAACACUGCUAUUUUUUUUCCUUUAUUAUUUGUGCUGCAUAACAAAAGCCACUAGACUUACUGUCUUGUCUGUCCGUGUGUUAACAGCAUUUCGUAAUGAUGUAUAUAUGGAGUGGUCUUCAAUCAUAGUGAAGAAUUUGAAGAGAAAGUCGAUCAUAACGGCAUUCGUAAUAAGAGAAAAUUUAAAACUGGCUGGCCACAUAUUUCUCUGUAUUCACAUGCUCUCUAUUUCAGGUUCUUAUUAAGACAUUGUUGAUUUGAAAUAUUUAAAAUGUUGAUGACUUUUCAACAUCCUUCAAACCCCAAAAUCGUCAUGUUCUCAAUAUUUCCUUUAUUGGAUAAAUUUUGAAUAGUUAGUUAAAAUUUAAAGUAAUUUUACAAAUAGUUUAGUUCAAAAGUAUAUACAUACUUAUUUUCCUGCUGAUGAUAAUUCUUUAAAGAUUUACUGUCUCACUAAAUGGUUAGGUAUUAUCUUUUACAGACUCUAUAAUUUUUUCUUAGAAGAUUUUGUUUAAAAGAAUAUUAGUAGUACUUUGUAAUUAUUUACUUCCUCAAAAUCAUUCAUGGCUUCUUAGGAUAUUUUAAAUUUUCUUCUAGUGAUAGUUUUCUAAACAAAUAUUUUCAAAAGGAGUUUGUUAAAAUUAUAUUUGUUACCUUUUAGAAACAUAUUGAAAUGAAUUUCUCUUGCUUCUGUAUUUUCUCUCUGUUCUAUAUGCUCUUUACCAACAUGGCAUAAAAUAUGGAAUAUCUAUUUCCUGAUACCCCAAAUUCUUGGUAACAUAGGGAAUACAGUAUGGGGAAAUGUUAAUUAUCAUUGUGAUGUGUGUAGAUUUUGUGUCACUUGUAUUAAUGUAAAGCAAACUUAUCCUAUUUAAUUUCACAUCUUAAAUUUUCAUAAGCAGAAUACAAAGAAGAAUCAUCUCAUCUGAACCAUAUUGAGUAAUACAAUAUGUUAUUUUCUUUAUCCAUGGAAUUAUAAAUCUUAGCAUCUCCAUUUUAUCUAUGUCCAAUUAAAUGCAUCUAUCGUAGUCACUGAUUCUAAUUUUAGGGUUGACUUUCUCUUUCUGAAUGGCUUCAGAAGGAUUGGUGUGAUUUUGAAGACUCCAGGUAUUAAUGAUUGUAUCUUUGCUAGUCAACAAAUUAUGAUAUAUUAUACUCACUGCUGGCGUCACUGUGUCAGUAAGUAAAGAAAUAAUUAAGACACAAAUAACCUUUGCUAACUUUCAAGCUGUGUAAUAUUCCAAUGUUGUUUUUUUUUCUUUGUAUAUAUACUUAAACCAUGUAGGAUGUUGUAAAAUCAGUAUGACCUUGUCUAGUCUUCAAACUAAAAAUAAAGCUUUUCAAAAUCUGCAAAAUCUGGGAUACUUUUGAAGCAAUUGUAAUUAAACACAUUUACAAGAAUACACAAUUUGUCUUAAUAUGAAUACCCACUUUACUGGUACAUACAUAUUUGAGAGGGGGGGAUUUCACAGGACAAUUAACAAAUAGGCAAGGGCUGGAGUGUUAGCACUAGCUUUGCACACACCGACUCGAGUUCAAUUACCAUCACCCCUUUUGCUCCUGAUACCCACCUCGAGUGACCCCAGAGUUCAGAACACCAAAAAACCUUAAAAACACAUUAACUAAAGUGAGGAAGAAAACAAAUAAUAACACUUCCAACAAUGUGCACAUUGAUAUGCACAUUGAUAAUGUGACCUUUCCAAAACUUAAUUCUUCAGCUCAUUUUACCUAUGAAAAUUGUACUUACAUACUGACAGUCCAAUCAUUCUCUUGUCUCAAAUAUAUUUUUUAGUUAAAUUAAUUUAGGUUUUCACACUUAAGUUCCCACCUGGAAGUGCUCAUGACUUACUCCUGCCUCCGUGCUCAGGUAUUACUUCUGGCAGUAGUUGAAGGCACCAUAUGUGAUACAGCGGUUUGAACUGUGUUGACUGAAUGCAAGGCAAGCACUAUACACUCUGUUCUAUCUCUCUGGCCCUCCCUCAUACAUAGUUAAAGCCUUAUUUUUAGAAUUCAUCUGCAGAAUAUCAUUUAUAUGUUAUGGCUGAAAUUUAUUUUUUAAUGAGAUAAUGACUGUGUUUUAGGGAUGCAAUAUUAUUUCAGUUCAUGCUCUUGAAGAAUAUAAGUAGAUUUUGUUAGCAAUGAAUAAUAAGGAAAAUACAAAAAACAUGUUUCUCCAUGUAGUUUCAGCGGUUCCUUAAUAAUAUCAUAAUACUUGCUUCUUCUUAAAUUCUUUUCAGUCUUUCUGAAAGUCAUUGGUAAAAAAUUAAGUUUGUAUACUUUCCAUUGUUUAGGCAUCUUCUUAGAAUGAAAAAAUAAAAUAGUUAAAAUAUUAACGAUUAAUUACUUAUUUGAAUUUUGAUGAAAAGCUUACAAUUUCUCUCAUUUAUAUUUUCUCUCAUUACUUAGUAAGUAAAUACCUGUUACUUACCUGCAUUUUAAUGUGAAUAAUUUAAUGAAGUUCCUAAUUGCCUAUUUUUUGCACACAUAUAAUCAUAUUUUAUUAAAUAUAAGCUAUUAUCCAUGUAUUUAGAAGAAAAUUUUUUGAAGAUGUAUGACAUCUAUAUAAGAAUUUAUUGUGAUAUAAAAGUCAUUAGAAAAAAAUACAACUAUACGAAUUUUAAAAUUACUAGAUCCAGUAAAAACAAUGAAACAUUAGAAUUUGAAGAAGGAAUGUCUGAAUAUGUUGCUAUGUGUUAGUUAAAAUCUAUUAAGAAUGACUUCAUUGAUGAAAAAUCUUAUGUCUUUAGAACCUUAGAAUGUAAAACAUCCAGCAUCCAGCACUCCAGACCAAUAAUGAGUGCUCCUAUCUCUGUUCAUUGACAUUUCUCAUAUCUUUGAAAUUAAGAAAAUACGAAAAUAGGCUUAGUACAGUGUUGUCCAUGUGAGAUGCCGUGUAUGCUUGACUUCUAUAAUUUUAGUUUUGCUUUUCAGAGGUCUUACAAUGGAAUUCAGGCUCACAAAUUUGAGGAAAUUUGUGCUAUUAAACCUGACAUUAUCUGUUUAGUCUUUAUAGUUUAAAUUUGGAGAGAUUGAUUAGAGUUAAACCAGAGGUGUCAACAUGUAAACUUGUUUUGGUUAAUUUUUUUUCUAAAUAUUAAAAAAUAUAAUAGCACAGUGGGUAGGGUGUUUGCCUUGCAUGAGGCCAACCCAGGUUUGAUUCCUCCAUCACUCUUGGAGAGACUGGCAAGCUACCGAGAGUAUCCCGCCCACACGGCAGAGCUUGGCAAGCUACCUGUGGUGUAUUCAAUAUGCCAAAAACAGUAACAAGUCUCACAAUGGAGACAUUACUGGUGCCUACUGUAGCAAAUCGAUAAACAAUGGGACUGAAGUGCUGCACUGCAGUGCUACCCAAAUUAAAAAAUUAAUAAAACACUUAGCACCUCAACUUUGAAUAAGUGAUCUGGAGGAAAUAAGUUAGUAAAGAAACAUUAGUAUUUGCUGUCAGAAAUUAUUUGUUAUCUUUCUUUCUGAAUACUAUAAGAACAAUAUUAACAAUGGAACUAAUGUGUUAUUUGUGGAAAAUAUCUCCUCUAGCCUUUGAGAUGUAAAGAGACAUUUUAUAUAAGAAGGCAAAAAGGAAGAUUAAUCCACUUUGCAAGUUGAGAAAUAUCUGAACUAUCAGAACAUAUUAUCAUUUGUCUUUACAAAGAAAGAAUACUAGAGUAAGUAGCAAUUUUUCCAUUAGUUUUGAAAAGGGAAAUCAAACUCCUUGAUUCUAUUGUAGUAAAUGCCUAUAAUUCAUAUUGCAUGUUUCUGUAUUGCCACCAAAUAGUGUUUUUUGCUGUAAGCAAGUGGCACUUAAUCAAAGAGCAAUUUCUUUUAGAUGGAUUUGGUAGCCAAAAUAGAAAACAAUUUUUGGAAAAAACUUCUCUUUUAGUUUUUUAGUUGUUUUUUGCAUAAUUUGGCAGGAGUGAAUCAAGUAAUUCAAAAACACUAAUGCUGUGGAAAUAUGGUAUGGUAGUAUUACAUGAUUAAACUUGCAUAUGGUCACUGUCUGUGAUUUUAUUUUAAUGUCUUUAAAGGCAUGAACUAUGCUCUACCACAUUUAUAUAAAAUCCCCGUAGUGCCAACCAUACAGAAAUGUGUUAAUAAUUAUGAUAAAUUGUGACAUAAUUCCAACCUGCUGUUAUUUGAAAAAGAAGGGAAAUGUGACUGAUGGUGCAUCGGAACAAUAUAUCUCCUAUGGCAAGUAUGAAAACAGUUUGCGAUGACUCAUAGCAUCAGGACAAAACACUGUAGAAAACUGAAAGGAAAAAAUAACUGGGAAUUAAUUGCAUGCAUAUGAUGACAAAGAAAUGCUUUUGUGAUAACUGACAGAUACAAAUUUGCAUGUAUUUGAUAAAUAUUUCACUUUUUAAAGUAACUAUAGAGCAAAAACUUGAAAAUGAUAAAGAAAACUUACCAUUUGUGGGAAAAUGUAGCAGACCAGGGAGGUCUUCUCAAGGCCAGUGAUGAUUUCCACUUGGGCCAGGAAAGAGGAAUCAAACAAAUCCAUUAAAGAUGGUUCAUCAGCAAGGAAGCAUUUAAAUAACCAAGCUUAAAUAGCUAAAAUCUCUCAGUUCCUAAAUUUCUUAGGUAAUAACACAGAAUAAUGUCAUUUUUUUCCUUGAUAGUCAAAUAUACCUGUUUUUGUCUGACUAUUGGUGUUCUCCGGAUUCAUAUGUUAAAAUCCUAAUCCCCAAAAUUGAUAGUAUAGUAGGUUGGCUCUCUAGGAGUUGACUAGUUAGGGCUCUUAUAAAAUAGGAUCUCGUUAUUCCCACAAUGUAAAGUAUUCCACCAAGAAAGAAGGAGCCAACUAUAAACUAAGAAAUCAGCCUUCAUUAAUCAUGCAAAUACCUUAAAUACAGACAUGUCAUCCUUCACAACAGAAUUUCUGUUGCUGAUAUGUGAUAGCAUUUUGUUAUAACAAAAUGAAUGGACUAAGAUACUUUCCUAAAAAGGAAUUUAUUAUCAGUACCUUGAUUAGCUUCUUGCAGUUUAAAGUGAGACUCCAAGAACUGGAGAGUAUCUUGCUGAACGAAGUCAGCCAGGAGAUAAACACAGAAUGAUGUCUCAUAUAGGGGUUGUAAAACAUAUAGUAAGCAAAUAACAAAUAGUCAAAGGUUACAGAACCUGAGAGUUGGCCACCAGAACUGAGCCUACCAUGGGGUCAGGGGUGACGGUGGUGGGUGGAUGGGAGGGAACCAUGGGAUAUUGGUGGAGGGAAAUUAAUGGCAGGUGUGGUGUCAUAACACUGUAUGCAUGAAACUGUCAUUAACAAUAUGUGAAAUUGGUGCUCAAUAAAUAUUGGAAAAAUUAAAAAGUAGUCAAAGUGUUUUCAAAUUUUCAGGGGAGAAAAAUUGUUAGAUUAUGCUAGUAUUGUUCUUUUUAUGUAUUUUUUUAUUCAGUACACCAGGAGAGGUGAAGAAAAGAGGAAAGAGGAGGAGAAAUGAGUCCUCUGUAAAAAUUCUUAAAUAAAAACAUUUUUAUUUCAA